UUAACACUGAAUUCAAAAAUAAAAUAGCUACUCAGCUUAAUGGAAGUGAUAUUACUAUUUUGAAUAAUUUUAAUAGUCCUAAGUUAAAUAAAGCUGAUGAUUUUGGCAGAUCUUUAGCUGCAACACAUAUAGAAAGUUUUAUUACAGCAAAUAUAAUAAGUUCUGUUAUGACAUCAUAUGGUGCAGCUAUAUGUACUAAUGAUGUUCAAAAAGUAUGUUCAACGACACCAUGUUUUUGUAAUAAGCCUAUUGGUGAUGGAAAUUGUAUAAUUGCAGGUGGAUUUGGACCUAAUAAUGAUCAUUCAUAUUUAGGAUACAAAGAUGAUAAUAUAGCUUUAAUUUCAAAAUGGAGAAAUGUAUCUGAUAUUUGUCAAAAUGAUAAUGGUUGGAAUUUUGUACAUGAUGAAUGUUGGGGAAGAAGACCAGAUUAUUGUGAUAAAU